UUUGAUUUUAUAUAGUUACUCCAUGAUGAUGAUGACUAGAUGGAGUUCCACUGAUAUGAAGAGAAGAAAUAGAAUAUUGGCUAAUAUGGUGCCAAUUCGUAAUUUAAGUUUACCUGAUUAUUAUGAAUAUGAAGAAGAAUACCCUCCAGUUUCAAGAGAGGCAACCAGAGGGGUCUGUAUACUCCUACGAAUAGACAGAUAUUUAUCUUCAAUUGGAAGGAGCAUUCAAGACCGUGAGGUUCUACGCGAUUUCCGCCAACGGUUACUCUUUCCCCAACGCGAGGCUGGGCACAGCUUUUCCGAAAUAUAUGAUGAUAUACGAGCGCAUGGGGUAGAAGCAAGUCGAUUGGGUCAGCCUCUAAGAGAUCUGUACGAUGAGAUGGAAAGGAACGGCGAGAUAGUAAAUAACGGCUCAAUCAUUAUCCCUGGAGGCGGCGGACCAGUAACAGAAAGCCCAUUGGAUCAAUUUGGAAUUCACCCAAUUCUGGAUCUGAAUAUUGGCAAGUACUAUGUCUCAUUCACAAAUCUAUCCUUGUCUAUGCUACUCACUCUCGGUUUGGUCCUACUUCUGGUUUUUGUUGUUACGAAAAAAGGAGGGGGAAAGUCAGUGCCAAAUGCAUUUCAAUCCUUGGUGGAGCUUAUUUAUGAUUUCGUGCCGAACCUGGUAAACGAACAAAUAGGUGGUCUUUCCGGAAAUGUGAAACACAAGUUUUUCCCUUGCAUCUCGGUCACUUUUACUUUUUCGUUAUUUCGUAAUCCCCAGGGUAUGAUACCCUUUAGCUUCACAGUGACAAGUCAUUUUCUCAUUACUUUGGCUCUUUCAUUUUCCAUUUUUAUAGGCAUUACGAUCGUUGGAUUUCAAAGACAUGGGCUUCAUUUUUUUAGCUUCUUAUUACCAGCGGGAGUCCCACUGCCAUUAGCACCUUUUUUAGUACUCCUUGAGCUAAUCUCUCAUUGUUUUCGUGCAUUAAGCUCAGGAAUACGUUUAUUUGCUAAUAUGAUGGCCGGUCAUAGUUCAGUAAAGAUUUUAAGUGGGUUUGCUUGGACUAUGCUAUUUCUGAAUAAUAUUUUCUAUUUCUUAGGAGAUCUUGGUCCCUUAUUUAUAGUUCUAGCAUUAACCGGUCUGGAAUUAGGUGUAGCUAUAUCACAAGCUCAUGUUUCUACGAUCUCAAUUUGUAUUUACUUGAAUGAUGCUACAAAUCUCCAUCAAAAUGAGUCAUUUCAUAAUUGCAUAAAAACGAGGAGCCAAUCAUAGAACUACAUAUGGUCUGAUACUACUAACUUCCUUGAAAAGUGGAAGAGUAGUUAUGUAGGCAGUUGCCGUUCCAGAAAUGUAGCGGUUGCUCGACCAAAGCCGGUCAUCAAAGAGUCAGUAAGUAGUAAUUCUAUCAAUUACCAAUUCGUGGAAUUCUCAUGUUCCAAUCAAUAAGUGUGUCUACUUAAAAGUAAGUUCAACUUGCUUGUGUUAAGCUUUGCUCGAACUUGAUUACUUCCUCGCUCUCCUUCACUCGGUCAAGGGAUUCACCUUUACCUCGUUCUGGUCUUCCAGCUUGAAAGACAAGGUCCUUAUUCAAAACUGGCUCCUUCGAGUUAGUCUUUAUUGUUUCAUAGAAAGGCUUCCUUCUACGACUGGAGUGAAAUCCUCUAUGCUGACAUAAGCGGAGAGGCAAGCAACAACCAUUAUAUUGAACCUGCCCUGAAGGCUUUGUUUGCCUAAGUGCAUAAGUCAAAGAAGGGUUUUCUUGCCGAAAGCAGUGUUCAGACCUCAAUCUGUAGCGGCGCACUUCCCUCUUAUGAUUGCUUUUCAAGGACAUCCGGAUAAGGGGACUGAGAGAGUAGAUAUGGGACUUUUCCUCAUAAAAGCCUAUAUAGGUGGGUGGUAUGAUAGUAAGUCUUUUCCUACUGAUGUGUUCAGUCGAUGGCUUGAUUCUCCUCCGGGCGUGAAUUGGAAGGGCCAAGGGUUUACAAUGAAACAAAUUGCGUAUAAUUUGCACGGCGAUACGAACAGUAUAGAAUUUCUGCACUCCUUAUAUGCAGACUUAGUUAGUCAAGGGAAGGGGUGCAUAGCCAAUACUUCCUUCUCAGAAGUGGCUACGAACCACGGUGUCGGGGGUUCGAAUCCACUUCUGAGCGGGCUGGCGGCUCCACCGGGAGCGAGCCUACUGAAGGAAAGUUUUAUUGUUGAACUUCUAUUUUUAUCCAAUAUUUAUCUUUUGUUUGGAAAAACCAAACCCACAUAUUGAUCUUUAAGUCUCCCUUUCUCUUUUGGGAGCAGAUCUUUCAAAGAUGGGAAAUUCCAAUGAUUCUUUCCGUUUUGUCGAGCCCUGCUUUGGUCUCUGGUUUGAUGGUUGUACGUGCUAAAAAUCCGGUACAUUCCGUUUUGUUUCCCAUCCUAGUCUUUUGCGACACUUCUGGUUUACUUAUUUUGUUAGGUCUCGACUUCUCCGCUAUGAUCUUCCCAGUAGUUCAUAUAGGAGCUAUUGCCGUUUCAUUCCUAUUCGUGGUUAUGAUGUUCAAUAUUCAAAUAGCGGAGAUUCACGAAGAAGUAUUGCGCUAUUUACCAGUGAGUGGUAUUAUUGGACUGAUCUUUUGGUGGGAAAUGUUCUUCAUUUUAGAUAAUGAAACCAUUCCAUUACUACCAACCCACAGAAAUACGACCUCUCUGAAAUAUACGGUUUAUGCCGGAAAGGUACGAAGUUGGACUAAUUUGGAAACAUUGGGCAAUUUACUUUAUACCUACUAUUCCGUCUGGUUUUUGGUUUCUAGUCUGAUUUUAUUAGUAGCUAUGAUUGGGGCUAUAGUACUUACUAUGCAUAGGACUACAAAGGUGAAAAGACAGGAUGUAUUCCGACGAAAUGCCUUGGAUUCUAGGAGGACUACUAUUCAUAUUCAGAACAGAAGGUUCUUCUCCCACAAAGGGGAUGACGCACCUGUCCCCCCCGCUGAUCCGGAAUCCAUUUAAUCUGAUUUGGCAGAGAGAAUAGAAAGGAUUUAUAGGCGGGCCGGGGAGGAGCAAUCUUUAGUAGAAGCCGGGACUACGCCAAGGGAACUUGUAGAUAACGUCCUGCCAGAGGGGGCGGAGCUACCGCUUCUACAAGAAACCUGGGUUCAGUUUGUACGGGACGAGUCACACAGCGAGUUUUGGGUAGAGAUCGAUUCGAUAAUCUGCUAAGGAAAUAUGGGCACGCGGCGCGCGGUGAGCCCGACACCCCCGAUCCCGAUGCUCGAGCCUGAUGCCCCUCAAUCAGGAGGAGGCGACUCAGCGGGGAGCACGGGGGAAGAAAAUUGUCCGGGGGCGGGGAAGGAAAGUAGGAACCUCCGAAGGCCCGCCCGAGUCAAGGAAGCGCAAAAGUUAUUCUGAUUCUGAUUCCGGGGGGGAUGAUGGGAGUGACCCUGCUCCGGAUCCUUCUCCUUUCUUUUGAUUUUGACUAAAAUGAGAGGUGGAGAAAUUGAGUUCUUUUGAGCAGCGUUGUCUGUAGUAGAGUAGCUUUUUUUUUUUUCUUUUACAGAAAGAAGGCGAGGCCCACCUGCCUUCUCUAGGUACUUUACUUGGAAAGGUGUCACCGCCUUCCUUCUUCUCUAGGUACUUUACUUGGAAAGGUAGGUGCGGGAAAGAAGAGCGGGUAUGUGGGCUUCUUUCAAUCGAAACUUUUUUGAAGCCGUCAAACUUUAUCGUUUCAUUAUAGAUGGAUCUAAAACAUUGCGUUGCAGAGUGGAGGCGUGAAGAAGGUUAAGAGAAGCAAGCCAAAGGAAAGAAAAAGCAACUUGAUACAAUAUUGAAGAUAAACACUCAGGAAAGCACUGGGUCAACUGACUCCACUAGCCAGCUUCUGCUUCAGAACUUACUUCAAAGAGGCUGACUUAGCACUUAGCAUAAUGCUUUUGUUCCGGUGCAUAAAAGUAAGUGAGCAGGUGGGUGAGUCCAAAGGUUUUUCCGAAGCGCGAAGGACUUGCAGUUCUAAAAUAGGAAGGGCUCUGUACUCAAAUCAAAGCAAAGUAGUAGUUUCAUAGGUCGUUGUGCUAGAGCUAAGAUUUAUAUGAAAGUGUGAGGGGAAGCCAUUUCCAGCUUCUACUUUCUGCGAACCGGGCUCAUUACCGGCCUACAGUAGCAUUCUACUGUGAGCUUUCUCACUGCGGAUCGCCUUGAUUCACUGAUCGUUGACAGCUACUCAGGAGAGGUUAUCCUUUGCCAGACUUUGUGUUGAGAUGAGUUCUCCGCUUCCCGAAAAGAUGAUUUUUGUCAAUCAGCGUAGAGUGGUGGAUUAUAAAGUGGUACAGUCCGAAUGGGUUGGUUCAAGCUAGCUGUUCUUACUGAACAGGUGUUUUAGCAUUCUUUUCGAAUUCGAAGUUGCGGGGUGCUUUGGCUUUUCAAAGUUCUCAAAGAGAAUAAAGUAAAGGCGCUACGCGUGGAUCGAAUUAAAGUAACGUAAGGUUUCGUAAGAAACAAUUGAAUAAGCGUAUCAAAGAGAAUGAGGUCUAGCACUCCGAAAUACCAUUGAGAAAGAGCAAUAGAACAAGGUUAGAAUAAGAUCUCCAAAAUGGUUGAUGACUCCCACAACUUGUCAGGCUGCAUUCCCGUGAAAUUGUUUUGGGACAAUUCCAGUUUUACUAUCUAUGCGGUAGCUCAGCCAAGUAAUCUGGUAUCUCACCAUUAAGACGGUUACCUAGCAAGUUCAGCUCUGUGAGGUUCUUGCAUCCUUUAAAUGAAUGUCUCUAGAAUACUCCCAGUCAGAUUGUUAUUGUGCAAUAUGAGUGACUGCAGAGAGUUGGCUUGACAUAUCUCGGCUGGGAUAGAAUAGAACCUGAGAGCUGGUUGGUUUCUGCAGAGAAACUAACAAGAUGCUGCAAUGGCAGCGCUGGCAGAGGCCCACGGAACAUGUUUUCUGCAAGAGAUAUGGAUCGAACACUCGCCCUGUUCCGUAUCCAAUCUGGAAUAUGACCCGUAAGUUUGUUCCCUUCAACGAAAAUUGUGGCAAUAGCUUCUAAAUCUGCAAGUUCUUCAGGGAUAGAGCCUGUGAAGGCAUUGAAGGGACGGACAGAUUUUUGAGCGUAAGCUUCUUGCAGUUACUAAGCUCUUUUGGUAUGCUCCCACUGAGCCCAGCACCUUUGCAAACAGCCGAGUUAGAUUGCCCAGCUCACCGACAGAUGUUGGCAGUUCAGCAUUGAAGUAGUUCUCUGAUAUAUAAAGUUCCUUCUUUUGAGACCACCAAUUGACCAAGGGAUGGUGCCUGUGAACUUGCAUCCGGGGAGUUGAAGAACUUUUAGCAGCUUCAGGUUACCAAUCUCUUCUGGAAUGCUUCCACUAAGACCAUUCUGUCUCUAAAUUAGCAAUUCCUUAUUUUCCAGUUGACCAAUCUCCCUAGGUAUUGGCCCCACCAAACUGUUUGAUGAGAGAUCAAGUGUCAACUGGUUCACCAACGCAGUUAUUCCCGGGAAUAUUUAUCCCGUGAGGUUAUUCUGGCUUGCAUCAAGGUGCUAGAGCCGAGACUGGUUACCAAAAGCAGCUGGUAUCGACCCGUUGAAUGUGUUCAUGUGAAGGUCCAGGAUAUCCUCGAGGAUGAAGGCCAGAUCACGCCCAAUUCGAUCCUUGAAAGACCCAUUGCACUACAGCGGCAGCUCGGGCUCGAGCAACGGCGGGAGAUAAGUCUUCUCUUCAUUCAGCAUUCAGUCUAUCUUCGGAAAGCAGCAAUAAUUGAUGCACGCAGACGAUGGUUAAAUGCUUUCUUGAUUUACUACUAAUAGGUGGUGUCUAGACGCUAGGAAAAAGUGAGGAUUAUAGCUUCUGCCCCAUAGACCAUUCGGAAAGGAGUCUGUCCCUUCGGUCUUAUAUGUUAGUAUAGGUUGGUUCUUCCGAAUGCACAUAAGACCACUGGUCACCCUCAAUCCUUAGCAUUGAACUUGACUGAUUUGGCUAAGAUCUGGGGAACUAGAGCAGUCCCCAGAGGGCACUACACAAGGCAGGAGAGGCAAUAGCGAAGCGAAGCCCUAGUUCAAUCGAGGAUGGAUUCAUUGAGUGGGCGAGGAAGAUGAUUGGUAUGGGAAGAUCGGUCUUUCACUAAUGGAGCAUCUCCACCCUAGCCUUGAAGUUGAACAUCCGGGGAUAUCUAAAUAUUGAACCAGUGAUUAAAAAGAAUGGCAAGACUGCGGUUGAAGUCCCAGCUGGAAAUCCAAAUUGCUCGAACACAAAAAAUCUAGACAAAGGAAAGAAACCUGGUUUGCAUAUUUUCGUAUAUGCCCAACUAAUCUAUCGCAUAGGAAGAUCGCCCCUGUAAGUUUAUUUCACACAUUAUGUUACUUUGUUUAUGGUGUGGAAAUAAAUAUCAAUAUUCUAACUUGCCGCUUUCUAUGGAUGCAUCCUCUACUCUAGUGCUUACCUGUCCUACUUUCUUUAAUUCAUUCCUAUUUCCUCUCCUGUACUUAUAUUUAUCUUGCCUGCGGCAGUUUUGUAAUCAAUUUCUACUAGGGAUAGGGAGCGUGAACUUUCUCUCAUCCAGUGAAUGAGUUACCUGAAGAUCGAUGGCAUAUAAAACGCCCUAAUUCAAUAUAAAAUCUGUUAUUUCACUUUCAAAAUGCCCCGUUCGCACUUGCUUGAGUGAGGCGCAAGCCGUUUUCUUGCUAGGCAAGAUAGGUCAACGGAUAGCUUGUUGGUUGAUACGGGACCCCUUCUCAACUUCAUGUGUUUUGUAACUGCCAUAAAGCAAGGCCAUAGUCCAACAUUCCAUCCUUUUCCACCGCUGUAUUGGCUUCUGCUUCUCUUCCUUUUGCCGAGGAAGAUCUGCUUCUCUUGCAUCCUCCAGUCUUAAAUUCCUAUCCGUACUAGACUAGACCUUCCCUUAGCCAUCAACCUACCGAACCCAGGAAUGAGAUCCACAAGGAAAGAGAUUGGCAGAAAUCCAGAAAGAAUGAUGCACAAGAAAUGGUUAGAACCUCGAGAAUAGAUGCGAAUAGCAGCUCAGAUCAGAUCCGAGAUGGAGCAGCAAUAAAGCAAAGAGGAGCAGAAAGGUUCGAAUCGAAUCGCAAGCAGCUGACUAGAGAGAGAUGAGUUGAGAAAUAAAGACUAUCCAAAUAUUGGAUAAGUUGUUUCGUAAUUCAUCUUUGUCAUUGACUUCGGCCUCUCAUUUAUCCUUAUUUGGUAGCUGAGAAGUGAAGCACAACAAAGUUUUAAUAGAUCUCUUCCUGUCAUUCAAUAACCAUCCUUUAUUUUUGCAGUAUAGAGAAGUGAUUAGCCGGUGCCCAGGAUAAGGUAGUGGAACUGGUGCGUAUCAGGUUUGGCAUUAGCUCUUUUGAAUAAUAGAGCUGAGCAGCUAAGAACAGAUAGCAAUCUGGAACAGCUCUGAAAUGCAAAUAAAAUGAUGAUUGGUCCUAGCUUAUGGGUUGCGAUAAGACAGUUUCGAAGGUUCUAGCCAUCUCAAGGAAGUAUAUAAGUAGCUAUCGGCACCUUUUGAAGAAGGAGGCUCGGUAGCAGAGAUGUUGAGUAAAGUCUAGAUGACACGAACCCUAGCAGAUCUGCUAUAGCAAAGUGGUAAGUUACCAGCGGUGUCGAUAGAAUAGAAGAGAAGCAUCAGAGCGAGCGUUAUAGAUCAGUCAGCAUUAGCGACAUCAAUUCUGCUACAGUUUUGUUAAAGAAAGGUGAAUACAUUCUAAAAAGUCUAAAACUCAUCUUAUUUCUUAAAGAGCAUAUAACAACAAACGAUUUCACUUACAAGGGGGUGCAGCUGCAGGAACUGGGUGCUGUGCCGCCCGCUGCCUACUUAAUGUUUCGCUUGCCUUCUACACUUCUGCAAUGGGAGUCACCACAUGAGAUGCUAUUUUUCACCUUUCGCUAUUAUUCGCUCUUGCGUGUCUUUGGAGCCCGAUCUUUCCCUUGCUUACGCCCCUAGAAACUCCGUGAAAAAACCACCUCGUUUUUCCAUAAAUAAAGGAUUCCUAAUAAAGUUUUUACAUAUCAUAUCCCAGCGGUAUUUUUUUAAUAAUUUUUGCAUAAAUAAAGUAUAAUUUCCACAAAAUAACACUUUUAGGCGCCCACUUGAAAUUCAACUUAACGUUGGACGUUGACCAGGCCCUCUCUAUUGCCAGAAUUGGGGACUGGCUCUUCUCCACAACUAGAAAACACAGAACUGCCAGAGGUUUGGUCAUAACCAGCACGCACCCUCGCCAAUUUCGUUCUAAGCUCAAUCCAAGAUUGUGAUCGGGUUGCCUUUCGAUAUAACUUGGUUCAAGCUUGGAUCCAGUGGAUAGAUACUUUAAACGAUGGUAGGAACGGGAGCUACCCUGGAUCACUUGAGGAAGUAAGAACGCAAGUCUCUCAGUUGAAAUUAGAUCGUUCCAGGAUAAUAGCUGAAGCGGCUGAGAACUCCCAAAGAGAAGAGAACCAGCUUAAGGAGCAGGUAUCCGGAGUAUCAGCAAGCUAUAAAUAGCUUUAGGAUUGUAUGAAUAGAGUUGAGGAUCAAGUAUCCCUCAUAUUUAGAUCCCCCGUUGGGAAAAGCCCCUUUUUUAAAUCCUUUCACGCUUUCCCUUUGCCGAAGGCCGGCCUCUUUAGUUCCUACGUUUUCGGAAAAGAAGGUGAGACGCUAGCUAGCAACGGGAAAAAACGAGUAGUUAAAGAUGUGAAUGUAAGACUACUCGAAAGUACUUCCAUUUUUAUUAUAUUAUAUAGUUUCUAAUAGAGAGUACAGUUGUAUCUAUGUGCGAAACGACGAAAGAAAGAUGGAAGGCCCAAAGAGCUCUACAGUAGUGCCCCGGAAUGGGGUCGUAGAGCCGGUAACCCACUCUGUUUAGUAUUUUGAUUUCGUUCAAGGUGUUGCUCUGUCAAAUAGAGAUUGUGUGGGUGUUCAGUCUACCACUCAUGUUCACGUUCUACAAAUCUAAGGGAGUGCUCCUAGACUGGACGACUUCCCGUAAAUAACCUAGUUCAUGUUCCUUUGAAAGAAAUAAAAUGAAAGCUUUUGAAGCGAAGAUGUCAACGCGGUGCUAGGUUUGCGCCGGCCACGAUUAUUUAUAAGUAUAUUGGAAAGAAGAGUGACUAGGCUACGGUCUAACUUUUUCUUCCUAGCGGAGUUCAAUACGAAAAUAAAGGCGCUCCGCGUUGGGAAUGGCGUACGUAGUACGGGUGGUAUUUCCGGUAUAACUGAUCAGGGUUGUUCUGAAAGCAAGUCAAUUGGUGCUUUGGAAAGUGAGUGCCAGAGGCUAGUCACUGCUUGGUUUACAGAAGGGAAGGAAGAAAGAGAUACCGAAGCAGAUUCAGUAUAGAAAAGAAGAAAUUGAUACCAUUCAUUCCAGCUUAUUUGAUACCCACUUAAAGUUUCUAUCAAACCAUGUCUUUUUCUUCGAACGUCAAUCUCGUAGGAAUUUAGAUUGGAAGUGUGGUAUUGAAGGGCGAAGCCUUUACUCUUUUACUUGUUUCUUUGAAUAUAAUAUAACAUAGUAUUGACUACGCACUUCGAAAGAUAAUGGUGUAUUCCGAGGAUCAGUCCGUUUUUUAUUGAAUUCGCAAAUUGAUAGAUCUGGAUGAUUAAAAGAAUGAUUCUUCCCUGGGUAUUUCCCCGCUACCAUUAUGGAAAUUGGAGCUUUUCAAUUCCAUUUUGGAGAUGCUCGUAACGAUUUUUUUCUUUUGGG